AGGAUUUGCCGGAGAGUGUGGAGCACGCGGAAUAAACCAACCGUGACCUCCUCACCACCAACAUUCCUCUUCUUGGCCCCUACGGCACGGCAAUGGUACAGGACAUUUGCCGGUUACUCGUGCUUCCAUAUGUAAGGUAUUGUACGUAUCCAAUCCGUUUCUCAACUUUCAUAUUUUUCCGUCCAUCCAACGACGAAUUUUGAGGCACGAUGGAUGCAAUCAGGCCUAUCAUCUCUUCGCUCAGUACGCACCCGCUAUUGGUUGCAUUCUCACUUCUAGUUGUUCUUCCAGCCGUGGUACUGGUUUAUGAUGUGUUCCAGUGGAUGCGUCUCCCUCCCGGACCUACGCCACUGCCCUUCAUUGGCAACAAGUUUGACAUUCCCAAACGCCAGCCAUGGCUUCAAUUCGAGGAAUGGUCGAAACAGUAUGGACCGAUCUUUACGCUCUGGAUUGGUCGCAAGCCUACGCUCAUCAUCUCCGACCCGCAUAUUGCGGUCGACUUGAUGGAGAAGCGCAGCAACAAGUACAGCUCCAGACCACGUAUGGUUGUCAUGGGCGAAGUCUACAAUGGCAAUGCUUCGAUCCUAACGCAGCCGUAUGGCAAGGCAUGGAGUGUCCGUAGGAAGUUGCUGCACCAAGCGCUUAACCCAAAGGCGCUGCGGCUUUACAAGCCUACGCAAGAGGCUGAGGCGGUUAGGCUGUGCAACGCCUUGCUCGCUAACCCAGCCGGAUGGGAGAGGGAGCUCGAGCGGUUCACAUCGAGCGUAGUGUUCUGCGUGGCUUACGGGCAUCGAAUUGACUCCUUAAAGGCGCAGGUUAUUGCUGACCGCUUCAAGUAUAUGCAUUACAUGGCCAGCCUAAACAUUCCGGGGAAAUACUUGGCGGAGACGUUUCCACUGCUGGCACAGGUACCGUCUGCGCUCGCGCCGUGGAAGCGUGAAGCUCAAGCUGUGGGCUCGGAGGAGGGUGAUGCCAACCUAGCUUUGCUCGAGAUGGUGAAGCAAGACCUUGCUACCGCAAAAGCCCAGGGGAACCCAGAUGCAGUGCCCGACAGCUUGUCAAAGCUCUUACUCGAGAUGCGUGAGAGCGAACCGGUUCCGCUAUCUGAGAAGCAUUUCUCAUACAUACCGGCGUCAUUGUUUGGCGCGGGCUCUGAUACAACAGCUUCGACGCUGUGCUCCGCUUUUCUUGCGCUUGUAACUCACCCGAGUGUGCUCAAGGCUGCCCACGCUGAGCUUGAUGCAGUAAUCGGCUCUGAUCGGACGCCAACCUUUGCUGACGAGUCCAAUCUACCUUACCUCCGGGCACUAUGUAAGGAGACGUUGAGGUGGCGCCCCGUCGCCGUUUUAGGUGGCACACCACACGCCAGUACGGAAGCGGAUGUAUACGAAGGCUGGCACAUACCCGCCGGCACCACCGUCCUUGGUAACAGCUGGGCCAUCAACCUCAACGAGGAGUACUAUCCGCAGCCGCACCACUUCGAUCCUGUACGGUUCUUAUCUGACGCGGAACGCGCGCAAGCGGGCAUCCAGAAGCAGCCAUAUGUGGGCCGGAAGAUGCAUCCUGCAAAGUCAGGCCACAGCUCAUUCGGCUGGGGUCGCCGGAUUUGCCCUGGCGCGGAUCUGGCAGCUAACAGUUUGUACAUUGCGUUGGCCAAGCUGCUCUGGGCGUACAACAUCCUGCCCAUUGAAGGUCGGAAGUACGAUAUCUCCGCUUACACUGACGGGUUCAAUGUACGGCCACAAAAGUUCGAAUGCGUGUUGAAGAUUCGAAGUGGGCGGCAUCAGGAGGUGCUUAAGAUGGAGCAGAAGGAUGCGCUGGCAUGGCUGGAGAAGUUCACGCCGUUUCAGGAGUAGAACUGAGAUGCUACCCAAGCGUUUAGCGUAUGGCCGUAUUCCGUCGAUAUCCUCAAGUUAUGUAAAUCCUUCGCAUACGCCGCAUCACACCGAGCGCCAGCAGAAAAUAUAUCCACACGUGCUAAGGCAGUAGACAGCGUCAAUUUUGGUGAAGUUGAAAACAGUGAGCGCCCGGUUAGUCCUCCACAGCAAAAAGCACUAGAACGUCCGUCCAUGCUGCGGAGGCUGAGGCACUGUCCUGAUCGGGUGCCAACCAUUGUUGGUAUAUUCAACCUUUUCCGCCAAUUGCAC